CAGUUUUUGAAAGUAUUUUGUUUUAACUUAUAUUUGUUUGAAAUUGAGUUCUGUGCAAUAUUAUACGUUUUUCGUGCUUCUCUUACCCCACCUGUGUAUAUUUUGCUGGACCUGCAUUUUAGUCACCGCUCAGACUCAGCAUCGCACCUGGUUUGUAAUUCAAGGAAGCCAGCUUCCAGUCCAGCAUUGCCCUGAAAACCAGGAAAAUAGGCAAGACACGGGCUAGCAGCAUCAAGAGAGGCGUAGAGUUGGAUGACAGCUUUAACCAAGACAAUCACAGACGGACGCACAUACCUCUUCCAAGGCGCACACGACAGGGAGGAGAGAGAGAGAGAGAGAGAGAGAGCGAGAGAGAGAGAGAGAGAGAGAGAGAGAACGAGAGAGAGAGAGGAAGCGAGAGAGAGCUACCAGUGGAACUGAUUUCUCCUGCCUAACACCUCUAUAAUAUUGCAACCGACAAACUGAAGAAAAAUAAAGAUUAAAUAAAGGAGAAAGUGGGGCUGCCUGAGAAGAAAAAAAAAACAUAGCUUGGGGAUUGAACGGAGCGGGGCAUGUGGAUAUCGGCUAUUAUCUUUUCCCAGUGCAUCUUAAAUGUUUUCAGUGAAGAUCUACGCUCCAGCUUAUAUUUUGUCAAUGCAUCUCUGCAAGAGGUAGUGUUUGCCAGCACUACAGGGACCCUGGUGCCCUGUCCAGCAGCAGGCGUGCCCCCGGCAUCGCUGCGCUGGUACCUCGCCACCGGAGAGGAGAUCUACGAUGUCCCGGGGAUCCGCCACGUGCACCCGAAUGGCACCCUCCAGAUCUUCCACUUCCCCCCUUCAAGCUUUAGUAACCUAAUCCACGACAACACGUACUAUUGCACAGCUGAAAAUCCUUCAGGGAAAAUUAGAAGCCAAGAUGUACAUAUUAAGGCCGUUUUACGGGAGCCCUAUACAGUCCGUGUGGAGGACCAGAGGGCCAUGAGAGGCAAUGUAGCGGUCUUCAAGUGCAUUAUCCCCGCCUCUGUGGAGGCCUACAUCACUGUUGUGUCGUGGGAGAAAGACACGGUCUCACUUGUCUCAGGAUCUAGAUUUCUCAUCACAUCCACGGGAGCCUUGUACAUAGUGGAUGUGCAGAAUGAGGACGGAUUAUAUAACUACCGCUGCAUCACACGACAUCGCUACACCGGCGAGACCAGGCAAAGCAACAGCGCUCGCCUCUUUGUGUCAGACCCCAUGAAUUCUGAGCCGGUGAUCGUGGAUGGCUUCAGCCGGCGGGAGGUCAUGGCCGGCCACCGGGUGGAGCUCCCCUGCAAAGCCUCGGGACACCCGGCCCCAAAGUACCGCUGGCUCAAGGACAACCGGCCCCUGGAGCCUGACAGCCGCUUCAGGCAAAGUGUGACGGGCCUGCUGAUCGAGAACACGCGGCCCAGCGACACGGGCAACUACGUGUGCGAGGUGUGGAACAGCUUUGGCAACGCUGAGGUCAUCGGCCGGCUGCUGGUCAAACAGCCCUUAAAGGCCGUGGUCAGCCCCCGCAAGGUGAAGGGCAGUGUGGGGAGCCAGGUGUCGCUCUCCUGCAGCGUCAGCGGCUCGGACGAGUACGAGCUCUCCUGGUACCGCAACGGAGAGAUCAUCCAUCCCGGAGCCAACGUUCGGAUUACCGGCAACAACCGGGAAAAUCUGGUGAUGGAAGGCAUGGCCAAGAGUGAUGGGGGUGCCUACCAGUGCUUUGCCAGGAAGGGCAAGAUGUCCGCUCAGGAUUUCGUGCAAGUCAUCUUGGAAGACGGUACUCCGAAAAUCCUGUCGGCUUUCAGCGAGAAAGUGGUCAGCCCCAAUGAGGUCGUCUCACUGGUCUGCACGGUCAAGGGGACACCCCUGCCCACUGUCACCUGGACCCUGGACGACGAGCCGGUUGUGAAGGACAGCAACCACCGGGUGGGCCAGAUCAUCAGCGCCGAGGGCACCGUGCAGAGCUACCUGAACAUCUCGCACACCCAGGUCCGCGAUGGUGGGGUCUACCGCUGCACCUGCAACAACUCGGCGGGAGUGGUCUCCUACCAGGCUCGAAUAAACGUAAGAGGGCCUGCCAGCAUCCGGCCAAUGAAAAACCUCACAGCCAUAGCUGGGAGGGACACCUACAUUCACUGCCGCGUCAUUGGCUAUCCAUACUACUCCAUCAAGUGGUACAAGAACUCCAACCUGCUGCCCUUCAAUCACCGCCAGCGUGCCUUUGAGAACAAUGGCACCCUGAAGCUGUCGGAUGUGCAGAAGGAUGUGGACGAGGGGGAGUACACCUGCAACGUGCUGGUCCAACCUCAGCUGUCCACCAGCCAGAGUGUGCAUGUCACAGUGAAAGUGCCCCCCUUCAUCCAGCCCUUUGAGUUCCCACGCUUCUCCAUCGGUCAGCGAGUCUUCAUCCCCUGCGUGGUGGUGUCUGGCGACCUGCCCAUCUCCAUCACCUGGCAGAAGGACGGGCGGCCCAUCCCGAUCAGCCUGGGCGUCACCAUCGACAACAUCGACUUCACUAGCUCCCUGCGGAUCUCCAAUCUCUCCCUGAUGCACAACGGCAACUACACCUGCAUCGCCCGCAACGACGCUGCUGCCGUGGAGCACCAGAGCCAGCUGAUCGUCCGAGUGCCUCCAAGCUUCGUGGUGCAGCCGAAGGACCAGGAUGGCAUUUACGGAAAAGCUGUGAUCCUGAACUGCUCUGCAGAGGGCUAUCCAGUCCCUACAAUAGUGUGGAAGUACUCUAAAGGUGCGGGUGUGCCCCAGUUCCAGCCCAUCCCCCUGAACUCGGGGUUCAGGCUCCAGCUGCUGGUCAACGGCUCUCUGCUCAUCAAGCACGUCCUGGAGGAGGACAGCGGCUAUUAUCUGUGCAAAGUCAGCAACGACGUGGGAGCCGACGUCAGCAAGUCCAUGUACCUCAACGUCAAAAUUCCAGCCAUGAUCACGUCCUACCCCAACACCACGCUGGCCACUCAGGGGCAGAGGAAGGAGAUGAGCUGCACGGCGCAUGGGGAGAAGCCCAUCAUGGUGCGCUGGGAGAAGGAGGACCGCAUCAUCAACCCUGAGAUGAGCCGCUACGUGGUCUCUGUCAAGGAGGUGGCAGACGAGGUCAUUUCCACCCUGCAGAUUUUGCCCACAGUAAGGGAAGACUCUGGGUUUUUUUCCUGCCAUGCAAUUAACUCCUAUGGGGAAGACAGAGGGAUCAUUCAGCUAACAGUACAAGAACCUCCUGACCCGCCUGAGGUGGAGAUUCGGGAGGUAAGGGACCGGACAAUCGCCCUCCGUUGGACCAUGGGCUUUGAUGGCAACAGCCCCAUCACUGGGUACGACAUUGAGUGCAAGAACAAAUCAGCCUCCUGGGAAACAGCUCAAAGAACCAAAGACGUCUCCCCUCAGCUGAACCAGGCCACCAUCAUCGACCUCCACCCCUCCUCCACCUACAACAUCCGCAUGUUCGCCAAGAACCACAUCGGCAAGAGCGAGGCCAGCAAUGAGCUCACCAUCACCACCGACGAAGCAGCUCCCGAUGGUCCCCCACAAGAUGUUCAACUGGAAGCUGUCUCUUCUCAGAGCAUAAAAGUCUCCUGGAAGGCCCCCAAAAAGCACCUGCAGAAUGGUAUGAUCCGCAGCUACCAGAUUGGCUACCGGGAGUACAGCACGGGGGGCAGCUACCAGUUCAAUGUCAUCACCAUGGAGACGACGGGGGACAGCGAGACCAUGACCCUGGACAACCUGAAGAAGUUCACAGAGUAUGGGGUGGUGGUGCAGGCUGGGAACAGCGCCGGCAUCGGCCCCUCCUCCCAGGAAGUCAUCGCCAAAACCCUGGAAGAUGUGCCCAGCCGACCCCCUGAGAACGUCCAGGCCACUGCCACGUCCCCUGAGAGCAUUUCCCUCUCCUGGCAGACACCCCCCAAAGAGGCCCUCAACGGCGGCCUGCAGGGCUUCCGUGUCAUCUACUGGGCCAACCUACCUGAUGGAGAGCUGGGCGAGAUCAGGAACGUCACCACCUCCCAACCUUCCCUGGAGCUGGACGGGCUGGAGAAGUACACCAACUACAGCAUCCAGGUGCUGGCCUUCACUCGGGCCGGGGACGGGGUGCGGAGCGAGCAGAUCUUCAUCCGCACCAAGGAGGAUGUGCCCGGGCCGCCUGGCGGAGUGAAGGCAGCAGCCGCCGCCAAUUCGGUGGUGUACGUCUCCUGGCUGGCCCCGCUCAAGCUCAAUGGCGUCAUCAGGAAGUACACCAUCUUCUGCUCCAACCCCUACCCCACGGUGAUCAGCGAGUUCGAAGCCGCCCCGGAUGUCUUCUUUUACCGCGUCCCAAACCUUAGCCGGAACCAAAAGUACAGCAUCUGGGUCGUUGCGGUUACCGCAGCGGGCCGAGGCAACGCCAGUGACAUUGUCACCGUUGAGCCUCUGGCGAAAGCUCCUGCCAGGAUCCUCACUUUCAGUGGCACAGUGACCACACCCUGGGUGAGGGAUAUUGUUCUGCCCUGCAAAGCGGUUGGAGAUGCGCCCCCCACCAUCAAAUGGCUGAAGGAAAGCAAUGGGACUCCUGUCCCUGUCACCAUCGAUAGCAGGCGUAGUAUCCACAACAACGGCAGCUUUGUGAUCCGGACAGUGAAAGCGGAGGAUUCUGGGUACUACACCUGCGUGGCCAGUAACAACUGGGGAUCUGAUGAAAUUGUGCUCAACCUGCAGGUUCAAGUCCCUCCAGAUCAGCCGCGUCUCACGGUGACCAAGACGACCACCACAUCAAUCACUCUGUCCUGGAUACCCGGAGACAAUGGAGGGAGCUCAAUCAGAGGGUACAUCCUGCAGUACUCUGAGGACAACAGCGAGCAGUGGGGCAACUUUCCCAUCAGCCCUAGCGAGCGCUCCUACCGCCUGGAGAACCUCAAGUGCGGUACUUGGUACAAGUUCACCCUCACAGCCCAAAACGGUGUGGGCCCAGGCCGCAUCAGCGAGAUCAUCGAGGCCAAGACGCAUGGCAAAGAGCCACAAUACUCCAAAGACCAGGAGCUCUUCGCCAGCAUCAACUCCACCCGCGUCCGGCUGAAUCUGAUUGGCUGGAACAACGGCGGCUGCCCAAUCACCUCCUUCGUACUCGAGUACCGCCCCGUGGACACCACAGUCUGGACCACAGCCCAGCGCAACUCCCUGACCAAGAGCUACAUCCUGUAUGACCUACAGGAGGCGACGUGGUAUGAGCUGCAGAUGAAGGUUUCCAACAGCGCCGGUUUCGCCGAAAAGAGGGCCAUGUUCGCCACACUCACCUCUGACGGCAGCACUAUUGCACCGCUGGUCAAGACUACAGACGAGAGCAAGGACAGCAUGUCCAGCAACGAGGGCCUGAAGAUGAUGGUGACAAUCUCCUGCAUCCUGGUGGGCAUCGUCCUGCUCUUCAUCCUGCUGAUGGUGCUGAGGAAGAGGAGGAGAGAGCAGAGGCUCAAAAGGCUGAGAGAUGCAAAAAGCUUGGCGGAAAUGUUAAUGAGUAAAAACACCAGGCCGUCAGAAACCGUGAACAAGCAGCAGCAGACCCUGCGUAUGCACAUUGACAUCCCCAGGGCCCAGCUGCUAAUUGAGGAGAGGGACACUAUGGAGACAAUCGAUGACAGGUCCACAGUGCUGCUGACCGAUGCGGACUUUGGCGAGACGUCCAAGCAGAAGUCCUCCACUGUCACACACACGGUCCAUUACCAGUCCCUCUCUCAGGCCACUGGACCACUGGUGGACGUGUCCGAUGCCCGACCGGGGACAAACCCCACUGCCCGGCGCACUGCCAAAACAGGGCCCGCUGCCCGCAACCGCUACGCUAGCCAGUGGACACUUAACAGGCCACACCCGCCAGUCUCAUCCCACACCCUGUCCACCGACUGGAGGCUGCCCACUCCCCGGGCAGCUGGCUCUGUGGACAAGGAGAGCGACAGUUACAGCGUCAGCCCAUCUCAGGACACAGAUCGUGCACGGAGCAGCAUGGUGUCAACGGAGAGUGCCUCUUCCACCUACGAGGAGUUGGCCCGGGCCUACGAGCAUGCCAAGAUGGAGGAGCAGCUCCGCCAUGCCAAGUUCACCAUCACCGAGUGCUUCAUCUCCGACACCUCUUCCGAGCAGAUGACCGCUGGCACCAACGAGUACACGGACAGCCUGACCUCCAGCACGCCAUCAGAGUCGGGCAUCUGCAGGUUCACGGCGUCCCCGCCCAAACCUCAGGAUGGGGGCAGGGUCAUGAACAUGGCGGUCCCUAAGGCACACAGACCGGGAGGCGAGCUGGUGCACCUUCCGCCCUAUCUCCGGAUGGACUUCCUGUUGAACCGCGGCGUCCCCGGGGCGGGCCGCGAGGGGUGCCUGGAGCCUCAGAAGAGCCGCACGCUCAAGAGGCCUGCCAUCCUGCAGCCCACGCCCCUGGAGGCGCCGGCCAGCAGGGACGUGCAGCAGUGGCAGCCUGGGACUGCCUCCACACUGCCCCAGCGCGAGGGCACGGACCUGGCACAGGCCGCCAAACUGAGCAGCUCCCAGGAGUCCCUGCUGGACUCCAGAGGGCACCUGAAACAGAGCAACAACCCGUACGCAAAGUCCUACACCUUGGUAUAACACAGAGCACAGACCGGACUGCAAGCACGGACAAGAUCGCGCUCAGGAGGAACACGGGAGGAACACACAGACUCCUACAAAAGCCGUUGUAUAUAUUUCCGAUUUCCAAAAAAAAGGAUGCGUUACUUCUGUUCUUUCUUCUCGCUUUCUUUCUUUCCUUGUUAUUUUUUACUCGAGCAUUCGUUCAUUUGAAAU